CACUCGCUUCGACCCCGUCAUGGCCUCCGGAGCCUCUUCUGUCCGGUUGACGGAGCGCCUGGAUGCCACCAUUCCUGGCGCAUUCGUCGAUGCGCCCACCCCGACGCUAGCCUCUGCCGCUACGCAGCAAACCUCACUGUCGCAGGCCCUUUAUGAUCGCCGCGCCGAGUAUACGCGGCCGCAGACUGUGCGCAUCAAAGUCGGCUGCUGGAACACGGGCGCCCAAAAGGGGACAGAGAACGACAUAGGCAAAUGGUUCAUCAAGGGAAGGGGCGUCGAAGAGGUCAUGGCCGGCUUGGGCGUGUCGGACCCUGGCUACCAUAGCAAAGGCGGCAGGGAGACGAUUGCUGCCCAGGAAGCAAGGCACAGCUCCGACCUGCCCACGGUCCCCCAUCAUGACGGAGGAGCUGUUCCAGGCGGGGAAGAAGUCGAUAUAUACGUCCUCGGCUUGCAGGAGGUUGUCGACAUUACCUCGCCCACGGAAGCACUUAGGCCCUACACGGAUCCUUCUACAGUGAACAGGUGGAAGGCCUCGCUCGAAGCGGCCCUGCCCAAAGGUUACAAGCUUGUCGCAGACCAGCAGCUGAUCGGCUUGUGGCUGGCCAUUUAUGCGUCGCCUGAAAUUUUCCCCCAAAUAAAAAACGUCAGCACUACGAGCGUUGGCACUGGGCUCAUGGGCUACAUGGGCAACAAAGGAGCUGUCACGACGCGUCUGGUUCUAGGCGAGACAACACGCCUUGUCUUCAUCAAUUCGCAUCUUGCAGCUGGCGCUGACAAGGCAUCCUUGGAUCGAAGAAACUGGGACGCUGCUCAAAUUGAAUCGCGCACACGCUUCGAUCCCAUUAUGGAUGGACUGGGCCCGUCCCAAACCAGUGGGGAAGGGCUAGGCGACGAGGAUUUUGCCUUUUGGUUCGGUGAUUUGAACUAUCGCCUCCAGAACAUGCCGGGCGAUGACGUACGCCGUUUGCUCACCAUUCAUACCAAAGACAUGGACGAAACCGAGAGCGAAGGUAGGCCGUCAACGUCCGGUGACUCAGGGUACGCUUCGAAGCGUUCGUCCGAGCAAAUUCACGACGCUAUUCCCGUCCCCGACGAACUGGAUCCAGCGUCGCUUCAAACUACCAUCUCGUCUCUGCUGCCACAUGACGAGUUGCGCCAAAUGAUGAGAGAAGGCAAGGCUUUCCAUGAGGGCUGGGAAGAGGGCCCGAUCAAAUUCUUGCCAUCCUACAAGUACGAUAUUGGCAAGGUUGGCGUCUUUGACUCGAGUGAAAAGCGCCGUUGCCCAAGCUGGUGCGAUCGCAUCAUCUAUCGCACGCGAGCAUCCAAACAGCAGUACGAGGCCAAGGUCAGGGACCGAGAAGCUGCACGUCAAAGAGAAGAGGAAUUAUCAUCAAAGGGAAUGUCUGUUCCAGGGGACUUUGGUGUCAUGUACGAAUAUGACCCAGACACCGACGGCGAGACCUACGAUGAUUACGACGAGAACGAGGCGCCCGAGCCAGAACCGAUAAAAACCAAAGAUGAUUUAUACGCUGAGCUGCUACUCGAGUAUUACACUACACAUAUGCGCGUGCUCAGCUCUGAUCACAAGCCGCUAGAUGCCGUGUUUCGCCUGCAAUAUGAUGCCGUUGUCCCUGAGCUCAAGACUGCUGUGCACGCUGAGGUGGCUCGCGAGAUAGACCGUCAAGAGAACGAAGGCCGGCCCUCCAUCGCCGUAGCAGUGGAACGUGCCACUGGCUCCUCUUCGCCCGACCAGGAAAAUAAAACAGACAGCGCCUUCGAAGGAGUAGACUUUGGCGAGGUCAGAUUCGCAAAGUCUUACCGGCGCAGUGUGACCAUCGCCAACACUGGACGUGUUCCAGCCACGUUCGGGUUUGCAGAUCGCCCAGUAGAUAAGGGCCAGCCUGCCGGACCAUUUCCCGCUUGGCUCAGCGUCACGUUCGACAGGGAGCAGGACAAACCCGACAAGCCAAAGCCGGAUGACAUUCACCAGCGUUUCACUCUCGACCCUGCAGAUGUCCUCAACAUUGAGUUGAAGCUCAAGAUUGAAAACCCGACAUCUGUGCGUGAUCUCAACGAAGGAGAUUCGGUGCUAGAUGAGGUCCUCGUCUUGCGCAUCGACAACGGACGAGACCAUUUCCUGCCCAUUCGUGCCCAUUGGCUACCAUCCACGCUUGCUAGGUCCAUCGACAAGCUGAUCCAAAUCCCCGAAGGCGGUAUCAGAAAGCUACAGAACCAGGUACCUGCCCGUGGCGAGGUAAAAUGGAGCGUGCCUAGGGAAAUUUUCCGGCUGACCGAGUCGAUAGAAGACUUAACGGAGCGUACGCUGGCCGAAUGGGAAAUGACCAAAGGUGAAGGAGAGAGAGCGCCCUGGCAAGGCAACGCAGGAUGGCCCUUCGUAAAAGGACGAAAUAAUGCAGGAGAGGAGAGGGGGGAUGAGCUUGCUGAGCUCUUUGAUGCAUUGGACUGCGACACAUCUUUUGCUGACGCCUUUAACCCUGAGACGCGCAGUGGGGAAAGAGUCGAGAUGCUGGCUGAAGUUCUCCUAAUCUUUCUUUCUAGCCUGACUGACGGCGUCAUCACGGAGAGUAUCUGGGAGAAAUUGGAAGAGGUCCUGGUCCGCCGCGAAAAGUCCAACGCCCCUGCUUCCCCAGACGACGAUAAAAUGGCCAUCCUCGAAAUCCUCGCUUCCGCCCCUAACCACAACGCGACAUUUCUUCUCAUCCUCUCCUUCCUCCAGAACAUUGCAAAUCAGAUUACGGAAGCAUCAAAGCCACGCUCGGAGGACACGAGUUCCAAGCGGGCGAGUGCAGAUAUGAGUCUUCCUUCCAGCCCACAGGCUAAGGUCAGGCGGAAAACACUGAGCAGAGUGCCCGAAGUAGCUAUCCGGCAGCUGAUUGUGCGAAACUUCGCAGUCAUCUGUGCAGACUGUUUGGUAAGAUGGAAAGACGGAAGCAAGGAGAGAGAGAAGGCGGCUCGAAAGGAGAGGAUGGUAGGGAUCCUAGAGUUGUUUCUCAAGAACGCAGAGUAAACUAUUCUCGAACGAUGUGAUUGGCGGCUGUAAAGAGAAACUGGUGCACCGUACGAAUUUCAACAAU